AUGUUAAAGUUCCUGCUGCUCGCUUUGGUAUUUGGUUUCGCUCAGGCUAAGCUUGAAGGAACUUGGUAUACCAUUGCCAUCGCUGCUGAUAAUGUAGAGAAGAUAGAGAAAGAAGGAGAGAUGAGACUCUACGAUCGGGAAAUUACUUGUGAAGAGGAAUGUAAAAAAAUGAGAAUCAAAUUUUUUGUCAAACAAAAUGGACAGUGUACUGAGACCACAGUUGUGGGGGAGGUGCAAGAAGAUGGUGAGACCUACCAAGCCCAGUUUUCAGGAAAUAAUUAUUUUAAACCCGUGAAGCAAACAGAAGAGCAUGUAGUCUUUACCGUUCAGAAUAUCGAUAAGGAUAAGAAGGAAACACGACUGAUUUUUGUUCUUGGUAAGAAUGAAAAGUUGACUCCUGAAGAAAUGGAAAAACUUGUUGAAUUUGCUAAGGAAAAAGGCAUUCCACCUGAAAACAUUCGAGAAAUUGUGAAAACAGAUACCUGUCCAAAGUAA